AUGACAAGAAUUCUGUAUACAGUCCAGUGUACAGGGUUUGAUGCCUAUUUUACGUCCCGCACACUUGAAAACAACAGAAGAAAUGUAUGGUUUGCUGAAUACUGGGAGGAAAACUUCAACUGCAAGUUGACGAUUAGUGGGUCAAAGAAAGAAGACACAGAUCGCAAAUGCACAGGACAGGAGAGAAUUGGAAAAGAUUCCAACUAUGAACAGGAAGGUAAAGUUCAGUUUGUUAUUGAUGCAGUCUAUGCGAUGGCUCAUGCCCUCCAUCAUAUGAACAAAGAUCUCUGUGCUGACUACCGAGGCGUCUGUCCAGAGAUGGAGCAAGCUGGGGGCAAGAAGUUGUUGAAGUAUAUCCGCAACGUUAAUUUUAAUGGUGAGUCUCCAAGUAUCUAUGAUUACACACAUUCCUGUUAG